AUGCACACUUUCUACGAGAUUUUGCUCGUGCCCAAUAAUGAGGGAGAGACAACGAUAUCGUUCUUUACAAAUGGAAAGAGAUAUCUAUUCAAUUGCUCCGAAAAUCUAAACCGUUUCUGUACCGAAUGUGGAGUGCGUAUAUUCUCUAAUUUGGAUCAUAUUUUCAUUCCACACAUUUCACCAACCUAUUUGGGAGGUUUACCAGGAGCAAUUAUUACGUCUUCCGAAUUGCAACCCGCCAACAAACUUCACUUGUAUGGACCUCCCAAUUUGUGGCAUUAUUUAACAUCAUUGAGGCCGUUUGUGAAAACUUCAAUGCAUUUUAAGAUUAUGUUGAAUCAAAUGAUGGAACAUCAACUAGACCAAGAUUAUCUUUUUCAUAGCGAUGAAAAUCUUACAGUACGAGGUUUACUGUUAAAAAGUGACCGUGCUUCAAGAGGAGAUUACCACUCCCACUUACAGCAAUGUGAUUUUGGAGCGCCAUUCGUAUUACGAAAUGCUAAUGGCAGCUUUAGAAAACACUCGUCAAAUAUUGUUGGAAAUUUAUCUUGGGAUUUUUCUCUUCUCAACUAA